AUGUCUUCUUUCUUGAACUAUUUUCAAGAAGGUGAAAAAAAAUUUCCUGACGCAGGAGGUACGCCAGACGAGUUUAUAAGGAAAUUUAUCUACUUAUUUGAAGAUUUUACAAAAAUUAUCGAGCAAGUCAAAACUAAAUUAGAACAGCCAAACUCUCCUCGGUCACCGGAAAAACCGAGCCAAAUCCCGAAUUCUACUGACGACAAAAAUCAUCGCAUCAGUAAAUUAGAGGAAGAAAAAACCUUCCUGGAAAAGCAAAAGCACGAAUUAGAACAAAAAUUAGCCAACUCGGAAUCGAGUCCGACCGAAAAAGAAUUGACCAAAGUUCUACUAACUGAUAAUCAUCGCUCACUUGAAGAAAAUGAGAAAAAACGGAAAAAAUUGGUUGACGAGAAAGAAAAAGGCAAUAAUCCCACUUCUGCGAAAAACAACAGCGACCAACCACAGGCUAUCAAAAAACUAGUUGCAGGCAUUCAGUGCGGACAGCAAGAACAAGUUCUACUAGGAGCAACCGGCACUGGUAAAACUUUUACCAUGGCUAAUGUCAUCCAACAAGUCCAAAAACCCACUUUAAUUUUGGCUCAUAACAAAACACUUGCCAUGCAAAUCUACCAAGAAAUGCAAGGGUUUUUCCCCCACAACAAAGUGGAAUAUUAUGUUUCUUAUUUUGAUUAUUACCGCCCAGAGGCUUAUAUACCCUCAGCCACCAUGAAGGAGGGAAAGUGGUCUCUUGGUGACGAACCUGGUUAUAUAAGCAAAAAAGUUCAGCGUAAUAAUAAUAUUGCUAAAAUGCGGUUAAAAACUUUAAACGCCCUGGUUACUAACCAAGAUGUAAUUGUCGUGGCUUCGGUAGCGGCUAUUUACGGCUGUUUUAAUCCCGUUUCUUAUCGGAAAGUAGUUAUCCAUUUAGAAAAAGGGCAAGAAAUAGAACCAGGAAAAUUAGAAAGAAAAUUACUUUGCUUAGGCUAUAAAAGGAACAAGAAAAUUAAUUCGGGCACCUAUGAUAUAAACGAUGAUAACAUUUUUUUUAUGUUGGGCUGGGAAGAAAAUUAUUACUUUCAAAUCAGCCUCAGUAAAAAUAAAAUCCACAAAAUAGAAAAAAAGAAUAAACAAACAGGGCAAAAAAUAAGGGAAUUGCGGGAAAUUGCCAUUCCGCCUAGCCAAGAUUAUGUUGGUGAGGAAGGCGAAGAACUGGCCGAGACCUUAAUUAAAAUUAGGAAAGAACUGGCCGGGGCAAAAAAAAACUUUGAGCAAGAAGGAAAGUUCCUCGAAGCCGAGAGGUUAGAAAAAAGAGUUCAGGAAGAUUUAUUUAAUUUACAAGAGAUGGGAUUUUGUCCCGGCAUCGAAAAUUAUUCUCGUUAUUUUGACGGACGAAAAACUGGCGAAACUCCUUUUGUUUUACUCGACUACUUUCCGGAGGGUUUUUUAACUUUUAUUGAUGAAUCGCACAUUACCGUUCCCCAAGUAACAGCCAUGUAUAAUACUGACCGCAAGCGCAAGGAAACGCUAGUGAAACAUGGUUUUCGCUUGCCUUCGGCUCUUGACAACCGACCUCUUAACCAAGAAGAAUUUUUCCAGAAAAAUGAUUAUCUCAUUUAUGUUUCAGCCACUCCCAGAGAAUUUGAAUUAACCAAAGUAGGUUUUCAACCAAUCGAACAAAUUAUUCGCCCUACUGGUCUGCUUGACCCCCAAAUUGAAGUAAGGAAUUGUCGUAACCAAAUUGCAAAUAUUAUGGAAGAAAUAAAAGAAAGAAGUGCCAAGGGAGAAAAGGUGCUUGUUUAUGCUUUAACCAUUAUCAUGUCUGAGGAUAUUGCUCGCUAUCUACAAGAAAAAGAUAUUAGAGUAGUAUAUUUGCAUAGUCGCUUAGAAGUAUUCGAAAGGUAUCAAGCCAUAACUAGUUUACGACGAGGAAUAUAUGAUGUCAUAGUGGGAAUUAAUUUGCUAAAAGAAGGAAUAGAUUUACCAGAAGUCUCUUUGGUCUGCAUUUUGGACGCUGAUAAACCCGGGUUUCUACGGGAUGCUCGCUCGCUAAUUCAAAUAAUUGGCCGAGCCUCGCGCAAUAGUAACGGCAAGGUUAUACUUUAUGCUAACGAAAUUACUAGUAAUAUGUUAGAGGCGAUGGAAGAAACUAAACGCCGCCGCCAAAUUCAAGAGGAAUAUAACCUACAAAAGAACAUUACUCCUCAAACUGUCCAAAAGCCAGUUAAAGAUAUCGUGCUUGACCUAGAAAUAUCUAUUUUAGUGGAAAAAGCUCAAACGGGAGCAAUGACCGAAAAAGAGUUAACUAAAUUAAUUAAAAGCCUCGGAGGAAGUAUGAAAAGAACCGCUCGGGCUUUCGCUUUUGACCAAGCCUCCGCCUUUCGUAAUGCUCUCGUUGAUUUAAGAAAAGGAGAGACAAACAACCAUAUUUUAUCAUUGAUAGACAAGUUUAUCGCUCCGAAAAAAAAUGAUAAAAAACUGGAAAAUGAACAUGAAAAAAUUGACUUGGGAAUUUAG